GACGACACGUAAGGACUCCCUACUUCGCUGCACUGUAGUUGUUAAACGCCUACUCAGAAUUACGCCAGUCGGAUUUAAUGUGACGCGAAGCACAUCACAGUCGUCACCGCGGCACACUAAAGAGGACUAUUUCGACGAUUAAACGGCAAGGUGUGUGGGGAAAAACAACCUAAAAAGGACUUCAACCUGUUGAACCUGACAACAAGGGGUCCCUCAGGGUGCCCCCACCUCAUAUUCGAUGCUUCAUAAACGUCAUGCGCCAUUGCACACUACGGAGCUGGUUUGGACUUGACAUUGCCCUUUAAGACCGCCAAACCUCUCUCAUCCCUUCCCCCGUCGUCCCGACCGCCUUCUCACCGGCCGAGAUGACAAAAGUAGCAGCGUGGUCCGCCGAGGAUGUCGCCGACUGGCUGAGCAAAGAGGGCAUGCCGGAGUACAUCGACCCACUCCGCCAGACUGACGGCACCGCCUUGCUGCGGCUCACGCGGGUGGAUUUCCGCUCACCGCCACUCCUCCUGGUGUCCUCGGACGGCGGGCAGCGGCUGCUGGAGCGUCUGGAGACGCUGCAGAUCGAGACCCACAUCGAGGCGCACAAGAACGGCCACGCGAACGGGCACGCCGGCGGGCUUCCCAACGGGACCGUUAAGCCCCAGAAGAAUGGCACGUUGCGGACGGCAGAAAUGGUGCGCAUUCCCAUCCCUCCGAUGGAGAACUCGCGCACCUCCUUACCGCCCGAGUGGGGAAAGACUGGCGUCGCCUUCGUCUACGCGGUGGUGUGCUUCGUCACCACCACCAUCGUGAUAUCGGUGGUCCACGAGAGGGUGCCGCCUAAAGAGCACACCCCGCCGCUGCCCGACAAGUUCUUUGACCUGUUCAACAGGGUAGAGUGGGCCUUCUCAAUCUGCGAGAUCAACGGCAUGCUGCUGGUGGCGCUAUGGCUCAUACAGUGGGUGCUCCUCAAACACAGGUCAAUCAUAGGCAGGCGCUUCUUUUUCAUUGUGGGUACACUGUAUUUAUAUCGGUGUAUUACCAUGUACAUCACCACUCUGCCCGUCCCCGGGAUGCACUUCAAAUGCUCUCCGAAGCUUCUCGGCGACUGGGAAGCGCAGAUGAGGAGGGUAAUGAAGAUGAUUGCCGGCGGGGGUCUCUCCAUCACGGGCUCCCACACCAUGUGUGGAGAUUACCUGUACAGCGGCCACACGGUCAUGCUAACGCUAACAUACCUCUUCAUCAAGGAGUAUUCCCCCAGACGGUUCUGGUGGUACCACUGGAUCUGCUGGACCUUGAGCGCCGUGGGAGUCUUCUGCAUCCUUCUGGCCCACGACCACUACACUGUGGAUGUGGUGGUCGCUUACUUUAUCACUACACGCCUCUUCUGGUGGUACCACACGAUGGCCAACCAGCAGUCGCUGAAAGAGACGUCGCAGAGUAACCCCUUCUCGCGGGUGUGGUGGUAUGGGCCCUUCCAGUACUUGGAGGAGAACGUCAGCGGCAUCGUGCCCCGCUCCUACCAGCUGCCGCUGUGGGUGCGAAACGUGCAGUGGAAACGCGGUGUCAUGUACAGCCGGCUGGACGUCCAGUGACGCUCGCCCCGCGACGUCACGGCAGGCCAGGACUGUGAAUUCCAGAAGUGCUGUUUUUUAAUUUUUCUUAUUUUAAGGAAGAAGGCACUGUUUUGAUGUAGCGCUGUCUUUCCCCGCCUCCCUCUAAACGCAGGUGAUCGCUCUGUUAUCGUUGAUCCCUACCUUUUUCUGUUUGUAUUUUUGUUCUCUUUCUCUGCAGGUAGUAUCUGACAUUUCUUUUUAUUUGUUUCGGUAUGUCGUCCUCUUUGUGCAUCCCUUCAACGUGUCAAGCAUUUCGAAAAAUAACGCUGUAAUAUUAAUUUAUUAGGCCGUACAGGCUGUAACAAGUAUUUUAUUCCCUCCUUGUUCUUAGCACAAAAUAAUACUUAUUGUCUUAUUGUCACGUUUUUCCCCCCUCCCCAAUCAUAGCUGUCCAAUAAUAGGCAUGCGUCUCGAUUUUGUUUUGGAAUCCCAAAUACAAAGAAACUAAUGUAAUAUUUUUUGUUGGACAGCGAUCAUAUUUAAGUUAAAAAUGCCACCUGCAUUUUUAACCAACCAAUCAAACCAAUUUAGUUUUUUGUAAGCGAAACUUGCUAAAAUAAGUCAAAGGUGCAAAUAACUAUAUUUUCUAAGCAUGUUUAUUUUUCAAGAAAAAAAACAAAACGAUGUCCGCCAAAAGGUUUUUUUUUUUGUUUGUUUUUUUGUUUUUUUAAAUAGAUUUUUACCUUUUUCAAGAAAUCAUAAUGGUCUAUAUCUAUAAUGAAAUAUCACAGUGCCUUUUCUUAGCUUGAUUGUGAAACAACUUCAAGUACCGCGUGUCUUGUGUCCCUUGGGCCACGUUGCAGUCCCAAGGGGUCCUGUUUUGAAUGUAAACCCCCCCCCCCACUAAAAAAAAAAAAUCAAACCAGCCUUAUUACAAGAUUGGUCUUCCCCAAAUUAGAGUGAAAUAUGUUGCAUCCAUGUAUUUAUUGAUGCUUUAUGACGUCCUUUGUGGUUGGAUAACAUGAAUAAUGACUGUUAAUUGUGUUUUGUUGUUUUAUAAGUCGGUCUCAUUUCAUUUGUUGAGUUAAGUCUUGGAGCAACACCAGGGUGAAAGCGGGGUACACGCUUACCGAUUUUUUUAACAUUUAAUAUUUAUUAUUAUUAAAAUUUUUUUUUAGGUGAGAGAACCUACACACAAGGAAGUGUGUUUUUACUCUUGUCGUGUUUGGUGUACUCGAGAUGAGCAACACAACACACAACGUACAUGUUGACAUCUCCACCGCCGAUGGAGUCUUCUCCCCCAGACCAGUAAUUGUAGUAGUCGUAGGAAUAGAAGAAGCUAUGCCAACUCUUAGCUUAUCUGUAGACUAUGUUGUGGUUGCAUACUCUUUUCCUUGUCAUUUUUGUUGUUGUGGUGAGUGAAUGAAUUGAUUGAGACAUUAUACAAACACUCAACACACCCAGUUGCUGCUCUGGGUAAAAUAUCCCUUUACACAAUACUGAAAUUGACUUGACUUUACAACGGUUAAAUUUGGCCACAGAAUCGAUAUGCGUGUACCCACUGCUUAAGGAUUGUUCCCUGGUCAGAGGAUGUUCAUUGAAGGCUGUAACCAAGUGUUGGAAUAGUUCACAGAGUGAAACAAUAGUUUAAGGUGUGACUGAAAUGGUUCUGAAUGUGCUUCUUGCACAGAACCGGGCUGGGGAACCUACCUCAGAGCAACGGUUAUAGAACCCCACAAAUGAUUCUAAAAAUCCAUCCUUUGGUCCUUGCAUCGUACACCACUCGCAAAAAGUUGGGGAUAUUUAAGGAGACCAAGGCGACGCCCAGCAAUUGAUCACAAACAAGAUGUUUGUGAUCAACUGUUAGGGGUUGUCUCGCUCUCACAGUUGAACAUUUUGGGGUUCAAAUUUGAGGUUCAUCCUGACAGUUUACCCAACAGACGAAUAUCCCAACGUUUUGUGAGUAGUGUAUUUUAUCGAAUGUUCCCCACGCCUGUUUGGAGACUUGUGUAUUGUUUCUUUACCGGUCUUCCAAACAUACUGAAAAAAACAAUCAUUGCGUGAUAUGUCUCUUAAAAGGGGCAACAAGAUGGUGGUGUGAAGUGGGAAUGGUGUUGUUUUCCGCGAAUGUGAAAAAUGUCCUGGUUUAAUGAUCCCUCGCCCAGCAAAGGCUGAAAACCUGACAUUUUAAUGUCAAAUUCAAAACCCUUGCAAUAGGUUACAUUUAAAUUUAGGAAUGGGUUUAUCUUCCUCAAUUGAGCAUUUCAAAGGGAGAAGGUAAGGGAAUUUUAUUUUUUUUGUGAGCUUUUUUUUGUUUGUUUUAAAUUUUUUUUUUUGCACACAGUUCAAAAAGCUUGACAGUGUUUUAUGUUUGAGAUGUAGUCCAAUCAUCUGUUUUCCAUAAGAGCACAACGUUACUCACGUGCAGCCAUGUAGCGAUUAGCUUGAAGUAAUUGUCCAAAUUGGACUGUAAUAAUGCUUGAUAAAGGGCGAAGAAGACAUUUCUCUUUGGUUUGCCAAUCAAGCUGCUGUUUGUUUUUUGUUUUGUUUUUUUCCAUUAAUUAUCCUAUACGUAUGUUCAUCUGUACACACAGUUUGUCCCGUUUUGUGCAUAUACCACAUGUUUGUAAGAUAUGAUAAAGGAAUCUACAUGGGACGCCCUUGAAUAAAAAGAUUUUACUACAUA